AUGAACGCGCGGUGUCAGUGCGGCGCAGUGACGUUCAAGACGCCGCUGCCCGAGCCCCUGGCGCUGUAUAUAUGCCAUUGCUCCGAGUGCAGGAAACAGACGGGCUCGGCGUUUGGCACCUCGGCCAUAUUUCCGCAUUUCAGGCUCCCCGAGACGGAAGAUUUGAGCUGCUACGCGUAUGUUUUGUUUUGUCCCGAGGGAGGAAAAGAGUUGUUUGGUUGGGUGACGGUUGAGGACGGAAUUGGAUGGAGGUUUCUGAUGCUAACUGGGGGCUUUAUCGAGUUUAGGCGACCGACGGCAUCAGGACAGACGCUCUACUGCUAUUUCUGCCGCAGCUGCGGAACACGACUCAUCCACAUGACACCGUCAAAAAACGUCCUCUCCGUCAAGGGCGGCUGCAUCGAGGGCCUCGAUUGGACAAAGGCAAUCCACAUCUGGACCAAGAGCGCCAUGGUGCCCAUUCCUGAGGGCUCCGAGGCGCAUUCCGAGGCGUCUAGUAGUCCCGAGUUUAGCCAGAGCCAGGAGCUCUUGGAUUGA